CUUGCGAUCAAGGACUCCUGGGAAUACGAAGAACGGCCUAAAGAAGGUCUGCUACUUAAGGAGGCGACGGAAGCCGGUGUGAAGAAUGUGGCGCGGUAUUACCACCAUGAGACGGUGCUCAUCAAGGACGAGGUGGACGAUGUUUCGAAAAACGUGCGGAGGGGACUGAGCGAUACA